AUGUUUGAUCCCGUGGAAGAGAAGCUGAUCAUCAGCAGAGACGUGGUAGUUGAUGAAGAAGAAACAUGGGAUUGGACUGCUGAAGCAAAGAAGAAUUACACUUUUUAUCCAUUCACUAUGGAUGAAAGUGAUGAUGAACCAGAUACAGCUACACCUGUGACAAGUCCACCCAGUCACAGAGAGCCUGCCAGCCCAGAAGGAGAAUCUAGUGAAAGUCCCCGAGAAAGGCCACAGAAGUAUAGGAGACUUGAAGAAAUUUAUGAGGAAACUACAGCCAUUGAAGGUGAUGAAUUGACACUCUACUGUCAUUUCAUUGAUAGUGAACCAGUGGAUGUUGAAGAAGCCAUGAAGGAUGAAAAAUGGAAGAGAGCUAUGGAUGAAGAAAUUGGAGCAAUUGAGAAGAACAAGACUUGGGAGCUUGUGUCACUUCCUAAGAACCAGAAGCCAAUCGGUGUGAAGUGGGUAUUCAAGACCAAGAAAAAUGCUAAAGGAGAAGUCGUCAGACACAAAGAAAGAUUGGUGGUGAAAGGAUAUAGUCAGAGACCAGGCAUUGACUAUAAUGAAGUUUUUGCUCCCGUGGCGAGAAUGGAGAGUGUCAGGAUGGUGAUAACUCUCGCUGCUCAAAAUGGAUGGAAGAUACAUCAGAUGGAUGUGAAAUCAGCUUUUCUGAAUGGAUAUCUCGAGGAAGAUAUCUAUGUGGAGCAACCACCUGGAUAUAUCGUCGAGGGUCAAGAAGAUAAAGUGUUGAAGCUGAAGAAUGCAUUGUAUGGUCUGAAACAAGCACCGAGAGUUUGGAAUAGCAGGAUUGACAAGUAUUUUCAGCAGAAUGGAUUCAGCAAAUCCCCACAUGAGCAUGCAUUAUACUUCAAGGUGCAAGGGUGA